AUGACAAACAGUGAGGGAAGCCGUGCUUCACAGAGGAGAAUAGUUGAAGGUGAAUCAAGUAAUGCAAUGGAAAGGAGGCUAAAAUUGCAAGCCGAAUUGGAAAGGAUGAAUCAAAGGAUCGAAGAGUCUGAGGCAGAGGGGUAUGUCUACUCCGAAUUGGAGUCUGAGAGCGAGAGAUUGAGGGAAGAAAGUAGGACCAAGAAGAGAAAUGAUCCCAUUAGUAGUGACAGCGAGCAAGGAGAGUUUGAGAUUGGGGUGAACAUUGGACAUGAAGAGAGUGAUGAGUCUGAGAGUGAAGAAGAAGGAGAGGAGGUCAAUCAGGAGGUUGAUGAAAGUGGGCAUGAGAGUAACCAAGAUGAGCCCAUGGAGGAGGCUGAGCCACAAGAAGAGGAGGAUGAGCUCCUGAUGAUAGGAUUUGUGUGUGGGUGUGAAAGAUAUGAAUGA